UGUGGAUUUGUGUCUGGGACCAGGUAAAGUGGAGCAUGGGAGAGGAACCAGCUCUGUCUCAGUCACAGGAGACGGCUCAGCCUGCUCAAAGGGGCAGGAAAAGAAAGACGGUGGCCGAGAAGCUUGCAAAUAAAAGGCGAAAGGACAGAGCCAGGUCUAAAACGAGAAUCAACAUCGGUUCAGCUUUUCAGCGCUGGCGACGGCUGAGGGAGCUCAGAGGAUUCCAGAGUGAUAGCAUGCUCGCCGUUUUUCUGCUGGAAAGGUAUAGGUGGGCUCCAUCAAAUUUAAUGACACUGAAACACACAUUACUGAGACCACAUCCCUCCCCACAUGGAUCCGCUGUUGCUUCAGAGUCUCGUUCCAAACAAAAUGACUGUUCUCCAGUGGCUCCUGAAGUCAUACGUGAGCUGUUCGAAGAAAAGAUGGCAGAGUAUGAGAAGAAACUUCGUCGUUUGAAAGAAGAAAACCAGCGUCAACACAAACUUCUGGAGGCUGUUUUCAACCCUGAAAUCCAGUUAGAAACUGCAGACAUCCAGCAGCUGAUGGUGAGAAAAGGAAAGGUUCUCCCUGAGCAGCAGGAGAGGAGCUCCAGUCGGAAACAGGAGGAUCCACCAGAAUUGGCACACAUUAAAGAGGAACAGGAGGAACUGUGGAUCAAUCAGGAGGGAGAGCAGCUUCAAGGAGCGGAGGAGGCUGACAUCAACAUGUUCACAUUCACACCCAUCCCUGUGAAGAGUGAGGAAGAAGAUGGAGAGAAACCUCAGACCUCACAACUUCAAGAAAACCAAAGUGGAGAGAACAGAGACACAGAGUAUUUAAAAACAGAAGCUGAAGAGGACUGUGGAGGAUCAGAAGGAGAUGGGUACUUUAAUCUAGACAGUAAUUUACAGCCAGCUACUCCUAAAGAGACUUCCGACCCCUCUGGGUCUGAGACUGAUGACAGUGCUGAUUGGAAGGAGAGUGAUGAACCUCAGGAAAGUGUAAACCCUCUGCAGAAUGAGGGCAUAACUGUGAAUGAUAUGAUAUUUAACACUGGAGACACAUUAGUUGGCUCCUCUGAAUGUGCUCCAACCUUUGGACAAAAGAUACACAUAGGAAUCCAAACAGAUAAACCAUUAUAUAAAAGAUACCCUCGUAAUUUAUCAAACAAACCUUUUAGCUGCUCAGUUUGUAAGAAAAAGUUUAACUGGAGAACAGAGAUGAUGAAGCACAUGAGAGUCCACUCAGGAGAGAAACCAUUUAGCUGUUCAGUUUGUGGUAAAAUAUUUUCUCUCCAAGGAAAUCUGCAGAAACAUGCAGUUGUCCACACAGGGGAGAAACCGUUUAGUUGUUCAGUUUGUGGUAAAGGGUUUACUUCACAUGGAAACUUGAAGACUCACCUUGCUAUCCACACAGGGGAGAAACCGUAUGUCUGUUCAGUGUGUGGUCUUGCGUUCACACGAAAAGGAACUCUGCAAAGACACUCUGUUGUCCACACUGGGGAGAAACCAUUUAGCUGCAGUGUUUGUGAUAGAAGAUUCAGUCAGCCGCUGAGUUUAAAAAAACACAGGUGUUUUUUAGUAAGAGGAGAAAAAAAUAAGUGAAACUUCAAGUUUCUCAUUAGUGUUGGUUCUGUAUGAUCUGGCAGAGUUUGAAAAUGUAUCCGGAGUCAGUAGGCUUUCCUCGUGUUUAACUUUUAACUUAAAACCCCAUUUCUAAAAAAGUUAGGAUGCUGUUUAAAAGGUAAUAACUGGAACUAUUGCCUCACAGUUCCAUGGCUCCACAAGGUGUUCAGUUGCCCAAUGAUGGGAGUAGUGGCUUAAGAAGGUGUUUCUAAGAAGUUACAAUAUGGUCACAGUGACCUCCCAAUAUGUACAGUCACAGUGAGUGACCCUUGAUCUCUGAAAUCUAAUCCUUUCUCUCUCAGCCUAGCUGAAGUUUUGUGCCAAAUUUGACAAAAAUCUGUUGAUGUGGUCUUGAAAUAUGUGCUUGUAAGAAUGGAGAUCACCAUGACUAUGUCCUUGUAGCUUCAGUUCAUCCUUGAGUCAGAGUGAACAUUUUUGCAAUGUUUUAAGAAAAUCCCUAAAAGUGUUCUUGAUAAAUCGCUUUCACUAGAAUGGUCUGGAUGGAUGUACUUUCUCUGUUUUCAAAUGUUGAAACAGAGAAAUAUAUUUUUCAACUACAUACCCAAUUUGAAUUUGUGCGUAGCAACAUGUUAGAGCUGCUCAGUUAUGGGGAAAACAUCAUUACCAUGGUUAUUGUGAUUGAUAUUAAGAUCAUUGUUAAUUAACAAGAUUGCUAACUGAUUUUACUCCUGUAUCUGUGUGAAUUUCAAAUAUUCAGGCCUCAGUAAAUUGUUGUUUUGCCUUGAGAGGCAGCUACAGCAUUGUAACAAACAAUGUGAAAAAAUGUCUGUUUUAUUCAUUUCUUGAGGACUGAUUAUAUACAGAAAAGGUUAAAGAAAUGUGAACUAAGUUAUGGUAAAUGCUAGUCAAUAAAACAAUCACUCUUCAUUUUAUAGGUUAUUAUCAUGCCUUACAGCAUUUGUUAAAGUUAUAGCAGGGAUCUCAGGAAAACAAUAUUCUUUAAUUUCAAAGUAAGCAUGCACUGAAAGAGUCAGAGAUGGAGGAGGAGAGUAAAUUCGUAUCACCCUAGCCUGAUGGUUUAAAUAAUUAAAAUAGUGUACACAAAAAGCUGUUGUGAUUUAUCUUCAGAGACCCUGUAUGUACA